UCAAGAGCGCCGAUCAAGAACAGCGCGUGUUUUAGAAAGUCAAAGGUUGGAUAUGGUUGGACUUUGUUUCCUCCAGACCUCGUUAGAGACGCACGCCCGGUGGCCCGUUUUUCAUUUCGGCGGGCUCACGACCUGCAGCAAGAUGGAUGAAUACUGUUUUUGAGGAGGACAGAACUCCAUCGCGACGUCUUAAACUGGGAAGAUUCACUUCGAACUACCUGUGCGCAUUUCUCCAGAGGUGUAGUGUCAUCGAAUGACGUCGGAGAGCGCAGAAUGUGGACACGACAAGAAACGCGUUGAGAAGGAGUAAAAGCAAAAGCGAGUCUGAGAAUGUGCCGGGGAAACCACGGGGUAACUGGGCGUAAAGUUUCCUGAGUUUGGAGAUUUGACGAGGGCGCAACAAGAGGGGGGUCGGCGGGGGGCAGUGUUAAUGCUGCGCGCUGAAUCAGCCCUGCAGUGUUUCAGCACAACUACUUUCAUCCAAUUUGGCCCCAAAUGAGACUAUAUGUUAAAACAGCAAGACCACCAAUCUUAAUCUAGGACGCGCAAUCAUCCCCUACUAGAUCCAAACUCAAUUUCAGCCUUCUUUUUUCCUCCCCCGAAAUUAUUGGACCACUCCACCUCGGAUCCAUUUCCCUUCAAUUAUUUUAUUUUUCCGCAAAGCUGAUUCCCGAAGUGGCUCCGAAGUGGUGUUGCGGCUCCUCGUCGCCGGCGGAUCCGGAGAUUGGAGUCUCUGCACCGGGAGGAGGCGGAAUCGGAGCUCCAGGCGCACCGCAGGCUCCCAAGGGCGGCCGCGUCAAAAGGAUGGUGCGACUGGCUGCGGAACUGUUGCUGCUCCUGGGACUUGUUCUGCUCACCUUGCACAUCACGGUACUGCGGGGCAGUCCGCUGCCGCAGGGAAACCAAACCCUGAGCCUGGAUCAGGACGCGGCACUUACAGAGAACAAUAUAAAUGCAAAAAGCAGCUCUGUCCAACGUUCUCCUGAGGACCGGCGAUCAGGCCCGGAGCACCGGUUGGCCCGCCGGCCUGCCACCCUCCCCUGGGCACAAGGCAGCAGCGUACACCGGGACGGCCCAGGAGCUUUCCUCCUAGACCUGCACAACUUCCCCGACCUCUCCAAAGCCGACAUCAAUGGACAGAAUCCCAAUAUACAGGUGACCAUCGAAGUGGUGGAUGGACUGGAGGGCCACGAGCCAGAGAAAGGCCUGCGUAAGGAGAGCAAACCCAACUGGGCGUCUCCUAACUGGAGAAACUGGUGGCCUCGCUCUUCUUCACCUUCCUCCCCCUCCACCGCUCAUCAGACCGAGGAGAACGAUCGCACCUACGGGAGCAACGGGGAGGACAGCAACUUCCUCAGGCCGUCGGCAGACUGGGACAGGAGGGGAGGCACGGGGGGAGGAGGCAAGGCUCAAACUGAAUAUGACUAUAUGGACGGAGACGGUGACUGGAGUAACUGGACGGCGUGUAGCGUCACCUGUGGAAACGGCAACCAGAAGAGAACCAGGUCGUGCGGUUACGCCUGCACAGCCACCGAGUCCAGAACUUGUGAUAUGCCUAACUGCCCGGGUAUUGAAGAUGCCUUCAAGACGGCAGCUACUGAAGUGAGCCUGUUGGCCGGAACAGAUGGAUUCAAUGCCACGGAGCUCUUUGGUGUUGACACGGACAGCUGCGAGCGAUGGAUGAACUGCAAGAGCGACUUCUUGAAGAAGUACAUGACCAAGGUGGCGAACGACCUCCCCGGCUGCCCUUGCUCUUACCCGACCGAGGUGGCGUACAGCACGGCGGACGUGCGCGACGAAAUCACGCGCCGUGAUUUCCGCUGGAAGGACGCCAGCGGGCCGAAAGAGAAGCUGGAGAUCUACAAGCCGACCGCCCGCUACUGCAUCCGCUCCAUGCUGACGCUGGAGUCCACCACGCUGGCGGCGCAGCACUGCUGCUACAACGACAACAUGAAGCUCAUCACCCGCGGCAAAGGGGCCGGCACGCCCAACCUCAUCAGCACAGAGUUCUCAGCCGACCUGCACUAUAAGGUGGACGUCCUGCCCUGGAUCAUCUGCAAAGGAGACUGGAGCCGCUACCACCAGGCCAGGCCGCCAAACAACGGGCGGAAGUGUCCCGACAACCCCCAGGACGAGGACUACUACAAGCAGUUCGAAGAAGCGAGGGAAUUCUAGACGGCCGCAGCGCGGAAAGAAAAACAAAACAAUACACAUUGCUUAAAGAUUCAGUUAAACCUCAAAAACAUAUUUUUUUAAAUCUGUUUUAUAUCAAGUAACACAAGAAAUGAGGAACAAUACUUACUGCUCUUUUGAAGCAAGAAGAAUAGAGUUAGGACACUUACAUACAGGGACUUUUCUUGACCUCACAAAAACAAGCCAAACAGCGUUGCUCUGUUUAAGAAUGAAUAAAAAGAGAAGAAAAGAUUUUUGGGAAUAAAAUAAGCCUCUAAAGAAAUUAUUAAGAAUGUUUGCCAGUAAUUGCAUCACCUUUGAUAACUUUAAUCUGGUCACCAAAGGGAGAACCGAGUUGGUAUUCUUAAAAAGGGAAAUUGUUAUUCCAGGAAUGUUCGUUUAGAUCAUGUUCGUCUCCAUGGAUUGUUUAUGUUUUGGUAAAUCGGAGAGAGGCCUGUGGUAAUAGAAUAAUGAGAUCUUUCAGGAAUGUGGAGGAGACAGAAGAGGUUCAUCUAAUUUUCUCCCGUUUUGUCAUUCUAAAUAUCCAGGUUUUCAUGUUAGUUUGUGAAUUUAUUUAGCAUGCACAUUUUUGUUAUUGUACCAUCAAUUUACAGCUGUGUCUUUUUGGCAGAUCUUUAUUGUAAAAAGCCUCCAUUCUUUUUGUAAAGUAUUUAUUAAGUUGUAGCUGUGUCUGAGUCGGGUGCCUAUGAUUGGUUUCUGGCUGAAUGCUAACUUGAGAUCCCUCUCUGGCUUCAAUGUGCAUAUUCCUGUCUCGAGUUAGGAUUAAACUGUAAUCGAGUGCAAAGUGUGUCUGAAUUCAACUGUAUGGAAAGACUGUAAAUAAAAUGUUCAAAAAGGC